CCUGAGUCUGCGCCCGAAUCGGAACCAAUUCCCAAGGCUGCACCUUCACCCGAACCUGAACCUGCAUCUAAAUCUGAACCUGAACCUGCACCCAAAUCUCAAGCUGCGCCCAAACCUGCACCUGAAUCUGAACCUUCACCCGAACCUGAACCUGCAUCCGCAUCUGAACCUGCGCCUGAACCUGCACCUGUCGCCCAAAUCUCAACCUGCACCCGAGCCUGCAUCUGA